AUGUCUAAUGUUCAAUUUAUGACACAGACUAGGACCAAGUUGUCUACUACUCUAUUAAAAAAUGACCAUCAUGCCAAUUCUGCGUUCGCGAUUACAGCGAACCAUAUGGCAAAGAGAAAUGAGUCCGAUCACGGGUGCGCUGGCGGCACUCUGGUGAAUAUCAGUGCUGGUGGGUGCUAUUCGCCUCUGGAAGUUAUAUAUCAGGCUCGUUUCUCAGUCAUAGAAAACCCUUCCAACAAUGUCACCAUUAAUAUUCUCAGCCAGGGUGCCAACAAGAAAAUAGUUAAAUCUUUCCAUAGUAACAUGUUCAUGGCAUUGUGUUUAGAGAUUCUAUGCUUGUCCACUGUUCCUGCUGUACGGCGCGACUACCUUUGA